GGCAGGAAAUCUGGUUGGUGCCUCCCCUUUUCCUGGGGACGGCCCUGUUAGAGUUUCAGUUACAUUUCACUCCACUCUUCUCUGUGGCAGUCAGGCCAAGUGCAUCCUGACCAUAUCUGUGUCUGGCCUGUCUUCACUCUUCCCCAGGGAGCCACAACAUUUCCGUGGUCUCUGAAGGUCUGUUGAGAGUUUCUGGAACAAAGAGUUUGAAAACUUCAGAGGAAAAACUGCUUUGGGAUCUGUGAGCAAGAGACACAAGCCAGGAUAGUGAGCAGCAGGGGCAACAGCUAUGGCAUCAAACAUCUUAGUGAGCAUCCAGGAGGAGGUGACCUGCCCCAUCUGCCUGGACCUCUUGAAAGAGCCCCUAAGCCUAGACUGUGGCCACAGCUUCUGCCGAGCCUGCAUCACUACAAACAACAAGGAGUCCACGGCAACCCAGGAAGAGAAGAGCAGCUGCCCCGUGUGCAGAAUCAGUUACGAGCCUGGGCACCUGCGACCUAAUCGGCAUCUGGCCAACAUAGUGGAGCAGCUCAGAGGAGUCAAGAUGAGCCCAGAGGGGGAGCAGAAGAAAGAGCUCUGUGUGCGCCAUGGAGAGAAACUCCUGCUCUUCUGUAAGCAGGAUGGGCAAGUCAUUUGCUGGCUUUGUGAGCGGUCUCAGGAGCACCGUGGUCACCAGACCUUCCUCAUUGAGGAGAUUGUCCAGGAGUACCAGGAGAAGCUCCAGAGAACCCUGGAGCAGAUGAGGGAGAAGCUGCAGAAAGCUGGACAUUUGGAAGCUCAAGUCACAGAAAGGAGAAUUUCCUGGAAGACUCAUAUACAAAGUGAGAGACAAGGUGUCCAGGCCGAUUUUGCAGAACUGAGAGGUCUCGUGGACUCGGCAGAGCAGAAGGAGCUGCAAAAACUGAAUAAGGAGGAAGAAGUCAUUCUCCAUAAACUGGCAGAGGAUGAGAGUGAGCUCGUUCAGCAGAGCCAGUUGAUAUCAGUUCUCAUCUCAGAUCUGGAGCAUCGAUUGGAAGUGUCAGACAUAGACAUGCUGCAGGAUGUGACUGACAUCAUGCAAAGGUGUUGGGAUUUCACUCUGAAGGAGCCAAAAACUUUUCCCAAACAACCAAGACGUUUGUGCCAUGCUCCGGAUCUCAGAGGGAUACUGCGAGGGCUUGCUGACCUGGCGAGUGUGCGAUGCUACUGGGUUGAUGUCACCUUGAAUCGGACCAUCAGUGAACACCACGUUGAAAUUUCUCUAAAUAAGAAACAAGUGAGAUAUUUGUUUGAGAACUUUGGAGUUAGACAUGUGAAUUGCUAUUAUGAUUAUUCUGUCGUGGGAUCACCACUUUUCACAAAUGGGAAGCAUUACUGGGAGGUAGAUGUAUCCAAAAAAAUUUCCUGGAUCCUGGGGGUGUGUGGGGAAAACCAUUAUCAAGCACGCGCACGGCAGUUUGCCGCGAGAGUUGAUAAACACACUUUUGUACCAGAUUUUUAUGGUGGAUUACAGCCUGCGUAUUCCAUAUGGGCUAUAGGGUUAUUGAAUGGAUCAAGGUAUCGUGCUUAUGAUGAGGACACUCACUCCAAGAAACCCAAGAUCUUGUCUCUUUCCAUGACCGUCCCUCCCAGUCGUGUUGGGGUUUUCCUUGACUAUGAGGUGGGCACUGUCUCCUUUUACAACAUCACAAACCAUGGGUCACGCAUCUAUGAAUACUCCAAGUGUUGCUUUCCUAAGAGAAUUCUUCCAUAUUUGAAUCCUCUGAAUUGUGAAUUCCCCAUGACUAUUUGUGAACCAGGCCCUUGAGCUUCUUGAUCCUCAUGCACUUCCCUGGAGUGCCUUUUGCCUUGGGGGCAUCUAAGGCGCUGAGCUUAUUUCCAACAUUCUGCCACCUUUUCCUUGCUGCCUCCUUUCUUUUGCAUUUUGACAUCCUUUAUUAAUCAACAGGGUGUAUCACUUGCCUUGUGUCAGAUUUUUUCUAAAUAUCAUGCACAUUAAGAGAGGCUCUUAAUUUAUCAUUUCUAUUCUCCUGAGGAAACAUCAGGCCUCCUGCCCUCUGUCAAGUGUUUGCGAUCUCAUUUUCUCUGCCACUGACUGAGAAAAUGAAGGUGUUAAGUAGUAAAUAUCAUAAACGAUAGGUGCUAAGAGAGGAAGUGGUGUCCAGAGUGUUUUUUUUUUCUAUUUUUUUUAAAGAUUUAUUUAUUUAUACAUGAACCGGGGUAUAGGCCAAAUGCAUGGGAGGGUGAGAGGAUUCACCAGAGACAGACUGGGGAACAGAACAGGCAGGCUGACUGAAAUACACUGCUGAGGGGAGCAGCGGGCGAGUCAGGAGAGGUCUGCUGCGCCAUGUGGGAUUCUCACCCCCUGGCCGCAAUUGAACCAGCGCUGCAGGGUUUGCGGACAGCUUUACAGUGCGGCACUCAACAGCCUGCGCCACCAGGAAGGCCCUCAGGGUAUGUAAAUUCAAGUCUUGUCACUGCACAUACCAGCAGUUUAACCUGGAAUAAAUAAUUAAAUAUUGUAUAAAUUUUCUUCAUUUUUAUUUUUUUUUAUUAUAUACAUUUUUUACAUCAUUUGUCAUUUUUGCACAAUGUGUGCAUUUUCAUCUUGGUUAUAGUCCCCAUACAAUUCCCACCCCCCUUGUUUUGAUCCUACUUCCUCCACUCCCCCCCCUCCCCAGUGUGUCUCUGGUUUAUACUUGCUUCUUGAUUUUUCUUAAGCUAAUACUAGUCAAAAAAACCACAACUGCCCCACAUUGUGAGAAAUGAAAUUGCUACAUAAUGUGAUCUUUGUAAAAAUGGAGGUUUUGUGUGCCCUGCCUCGCCUAUUAAAGGGCAGAGCUAGUGGGGAGGAGAAGCUGAAGACAACUGGGAGGAGAUCCCCAGAGGGGAGACUGGAGGAAGCUUGUGGAGCAGAGACACAUGAAGAAGGAGGCCUGCUCGCUUCUCAGCUUUGGACUUGCACCGUGGACUUGGGGGACACAGAAGGGCCCGUGGAAUCUGAGACAUGGAGAGACACUUGGGAGAGGGAUGGUGGGUGGAGGUUGGCAAUGGCAGCCAUUACCUUGAUUUGUACCUUAUUUUGCAGUUUUUCUUCCAGACUUGCUUGCCACCUGAUGCCUAUUUUCUGUGGUUCCUUGCCAGAAGGUGCCUUAGACUGGUGGCAAGCUUUGGGCUUCAGUGGCCUGCUUUGGGCCAAUCCUGUUUGACUGGACUCUUACCUUCAAGGAUUGAAUAACUUGGGAUGUUUUAUUGGAAACUGUUAACCUUUUCAUCUUCCUAUGCACAGUAUCCUAUUCUUUCAUGCUAAGAAUAUGUAUUGGUUUUCUUUCAACAGGGUUACUCUAGUUUUGUUUUAAGAAAUAGGACUUGAUUAAAUAUUACAUGGUCUUUGAACUUUAGCUAAAUAUGAAAUAAAUGGUUCUGUAUAGCCCGAGGUUCUUAAGUUUUUCAUUU